AUGACAAACUUUCAAAAAUUUUUUCACAAAGGGUUUUUGAUUGAUCCUAUAUCACAAUCAGUUAAAGAAAUAAACGUUGUAAUACUUGCACAUAAAUGUGAACCAGCUGAGCUUCCUGAAGCCCUUCAAGAUCCUAAGGUCGCAACUAUUCUCUUAAGUGAAUUAAAAAAGGAUAUACCGGCACUUGUCUUUCAAUGGAACGAUGCUGGUUUUAACGAUGUUCCUAAUAUGCCGAACUGUCGAAAUGGAAUUCUAGGUCAGACAAAGGCGGCAAAUCUCGUGGCAAAUCGCGCCGUAAAUUGGGAUGAUACCGUUUUUACAUUUCCAAAUGGCACGGCAAUUGGUAGAUGGGUAGGAGUUCCUGAUAUUUGCCAUUCUGUCACUAGAAUCACCAAGAUAAGUGCAACUAAUCCAGUCGAUGUUGAAAAUUUCGAUGAUAUUCUUCGUAGAUAA